GUCAUCAUUACCCACUAGUCAAAGUCAACGAGACCGUCGUGUUCUCACUCAAGCAAUCGCAGCCGCGCUUCUCACUCGCGGGUCGAAGUGCAUUUGCCAUUUGCCUUUAUUUCCUCACGUUGCGCCAAGCAUGCUCCGGGCCUCCGUGACUUCUGUCGUAGCACGUAUCGAAUUUGCUGCGCGUCGCUUCCUUCCACUGUCGACACUCAUCAUCCUUCUCGACCCUGAUACCGUGUGAGCCUUUCGUCGCAGUACAUAGUAUCUCCCUGCUCAGCACUUCUCGCAUCUCUCAGCCAGUGCCGCCCGCUCGCGCCAACCUCCAUCGCAAGCCAACACAAGCUUCUGCUCUGCUUAAUUUCCGCCUCUACCAGACACCAUGGGAGCCCUAGACAUCUCAGUCGAAGAGCUUCUCGAAUCCGCACAGAGAGACGCCUCGGCUCAGGAGACGGCCACCACCAGCAAGGACGAUGAUGGCGCCCGCUCUCGCCGUGGCACUACCGCCGAUGUCGACAUGAAAGAUUCAGAUAACGUGUCUGCUAAUGGAAGCGCUCGUAGUAGACGUCGGGAUCGUAGUGGUGACCGCUCGUCACGCCGCCCCGAUUCUCGUGAACGUCGCGAACGUUACCGCUCCAGUGGUGGUGACUUUUACCGUGGAAAUGGCCGUAACCGAACUAGAUCUCCUUCGGACGACGACAGAUACUACCGUCCAUCCGAUCGCUCGCGCAGAGAGGAAGACCGCCCUCGUCGCCGUGACAGAGAACGCGGUGAUCGUCGUUCGCCUCGUCGCGACCGUGGCGACUCAUACCGUGGCGGACGUGCUGCUCGUGAUAGAUCCCCUCCUCGCCAAAGAACCCCUGAACCUACCGACGACGAGCGCGAUCGCCGCACUGUCUUUGUUCAGCAACUUGCCGCACGCCUUCGCACCAAGGAACUCGAAGCUUUCUUCACCCAGAUCGGUCCUGUCAAGGAGGCUCAGAUCGUCAAGGAUCGUGUUAGCGGUCGCAGCAAGGGCGUCGGAUACGUCGAAUUUAAAGAAGAGGAGUCGGUUCAGAAGGCACUUGGCUUGACCGGCCAGAAGCUCCUUGGUAUUCCCGUCAUCGUACAACUCACAGAGGCUGAGAAGAACCGCCAGGCUCGCGUAGCGACCGGACAGCCCACACAAUCUAACGGAAUACCCUUUCACAGGCUCUACGUUGGUAACAUACAUUUCUCCGUCACCGAGGAAGAUCUUCGCGAUGUCUUUUCGCCGUUUGGUGAGCUCGAGUUUGUACAAUUGCAGAAGGAGGAGAACGGACGUAGCAAGGGAUAUGGUUUUGUGCAAUAUGUUGAUCCUGCUCACGCGAAGGCAGCACUCGCCGACAUGAACGGCUUCGAAAUCGCUGGUCGUCCUAUUCGUGUCGGUCUCGGUAGCGACAAAUUUACACCAGAAUCAACCGCCAGUCUGUUGCAACGCUUCGGCAGCCAAAACCAGGCUGCGCAAUUCCAGGGCUCAUCCUUUUCUGGUGCUGGAGGCCGUGGUGCCCAUGCUGGUGGUAACAACAACUUUGAUCGCGCCGGCGCCCGUGAAGAGAAGGGCACUGGUGGUGCCAGUGCUCUUGACGAUGCUGACGUUGGAGGUGUCAACUUUAACAACUUCAGCAGAGACUCCCUCAUGCGCAAGUUGGCUCGUACUGAAGAUCCCGCUCCACAGACACAGGCCGCUUCUGCUCGCCCCCGUGCCGAUGCGAAAAAGCCCGCCGUGCACGCUCCCGCACCCAGUCGCUGCAUCGUAGUAAAGAAUGCCUAUGAUGAGGCUACUCAAACCGACCCUCAUUGGGCAAAAGACCUUGAGGAGGACUUCAAAGAAGAGUGCAGCUCCAAAUACGGCAAAGUCGUUCACAUUGGCGUCUUCCGUGAUAGUUCCGAUGGCGAGAUCUACGUCAAGUUUGCCGAUAUUGCCGGAGGCGACAGCGCGCUCAAGGGUCUCAACGGCAGGUACUUCGAUGGUCGUACGCUGACGGCCACGCCAGUUGUCGAUGCUGUCUACAACAUGAAUUUCCCGAAAGCUGCCAGUCUCUAGGAUUGACAUGUCAUGCUAGAAGAAACAUUAAUGAGCAUCAGCAGAAAGAACGACUCGAACCAGGUGUUGACGGUGCAGAUCGUAUGCUUCUUUCCAGGAGUCGGCUCGGACUCCAUCUCACCUGCACAGAAAGGUAUUGCAACAGCACAGAAGUUCAUGUGCCAUCUUUAACACGCACACAACCCAAAC